GUACAGUAGUAGUCUGGAGUUUGUUGCUGCAGAAGCAGUGGAGUGAGCUAAACGAGGACCCCCAGUAGUCAGCGGGCAACAUUUAAAAGACAUUUUUUGGUUGUUUUCCGGGAAUUGAGAUGGCAAAAGGGAAGAAAAAUGUGGUGAGAACCGACAAAAAGCCCGAGGAAACUGUUGAACAUAAAGUCACUUCACAGACGGAAACAAAGGAGAACAAACCAACAACUAACAAGGAUUGUGUGGGUAAAGUGCAGUCAGUUCUUCAGGGUCUACGGAGUCCAGGCAAACCUAGAUCCCCUUUGAGUGACAGUUCGAGCAUGCUGAUCCAGGAAGGCAACGAUUUUGAUGCGAGUAAUCCUGACACUUCAAGGCAGAAAAAAGGCAUACCGAGUGAAAUUAAAUCUGACAGUUGCGAGUCUAAAGAGCAGCAGCAGCAGCCUGAAGUGGCUUGUCACACUCAUGGGAUAAGAGAGCAAGCUACUGCCCACCCUGAGCAAAAAGAGUCCACGCCACAAUCAGAUGUCAGGUCUGCGACAAACAGUAAAGUUUCAGAAGCCAAGCCUCGCAGUAGAACCGGUCGCAAACUUGGAGCAAAAAAAAUGGACAAUAAAGCUCCCCAAAACAGAAAGGUCACAGACUAUUAUCCCAUCAGACGGAGUAACAGAAAAACUAAAGCAGAGUUGAAGAGUGAAGAACACAGAUACAUUGAUGACCUGAUAAAGAAUGGCACUGAAGAGGGAAUGCAGGUCAAACACAUAGAAGGAAAAGGAAGAGGAGUUUUUGCUGUCAAGGGUUUUAAAAAAGGAGACUUUGUUGUGGAGUACCAUGGAGACCUACUGGAGCUUGCUGAGGCUAAAAUGAGAGAGGCCCAGUAUGCUCAGGAUCCUCAAACAGGCUGUUACAUGUACUACUUCCAGUAUCAAUCUAAAACUUACUGUGUCGAUGCUACAAAGGAAACAAGCCGUCUUGGAAGACUGAUCAACCACAGUAAAACAGGAAACUGUCAGACGAGGCUUCACCCCAUCGACGGAAUCCCUCAUCUGAUCCUGGUAGCUUCCAAAGACAUCGAAGCAGAGGAGGAGCUGCUGUAUGACUAUGGUGACAGAAGUAAAGCUUCAAUCUCAGCACAUCCUUGGCUCAAGUAUUGAAAUCCGUUCACAUUUCAGAAGAAUUGGUGCUCUCUGCUUUCUAUUUCAUCGUUAUGUAAAAGAUGCUGUACUUGUCCUCAAAAUGCUUUAAGUAUAAAAAUGUUUUUGUUUUAAAUGGAAGCCGAAGCUUCAACUCAUGAAGGGUGUAUUUUUGCUAAAUUUGUUUUUAUCAUGCUUUUAUAGUUUUCUUAACUAAUGGACACAAAUUUGAAGAGUAUUUUUUGCUUGAAGUAGUGUUUCAUUGUCCAUGGGGACUCUAUUGUAAUGAAUGCAAUUCUGGAUAUUGUAAAUUAUUGCUUGUGCUGUAAAUUGAGGAAUAAAACUGGUGAGUUUUCAUUCCA